CUAAACCCUUCUCCACGCAAACAUUUCGCCGAAUCCACAGUUGAGCAGAUAAAAGAUUCGCGUUAGAUUCAUUUUUAAAGUGGAUUUCUGUAAUCAGCCAUGGAAGAACUCACGGCGUUCGUGUCGAAAUCCUUCGAUCAGAAAACCAAGGAGAGCAGCAAAGAGAGCAUCACGUACAGGGAAGUUUUGGAGAGUGGUUUAGCCCGAGCCAGAGAGCUGGGAAACUCGGAGACCAACCUUCAGGAGAUUACUGAAACAAACAACAACCAUUGUCCGGUACAUCUUUACAAGGAGCACGUAGAGCUGGAAAAGGAGAAAUUGAAGGAGUUUAGCGUGACACGGGCUUCUGACGGAAUUUAUGACUGCAAAGACAAGAAGGAGGAUGUGAAAUCAGAGGACGAGGACGCACAGAGUAAACUGAAGCAGAGACGGAGCAGGACAAAUUUUACCUUAGAGCAGCUGAAUGAACUGGAGCGCUUGUUUGAUGAGACGCAUUACCCGGACGCCUUCAUGCGGGAGGAGUUGAGUCAGAGACUGGGGCUGUCUGAGGCCCGCGUUCAGGUAUGGUUUCAAAACAGAAGAGCGAAAUGCCGGAAACAGGAAAAUCAAAUGCACAAAGGCGUUAUUCUGGGCACCGCAAGCCACCUGGACGCAUGCAGGGUCGCUCCUUACGUGAAUAUGGGCGCACUCAGAAUGCCAUUUCAACAGGUCCAAGCUCAGUUGCAGUUGGAGGGGGUCGGAACACACUCCCAUCCUCACCUGCACCCACACCUCGCGGCCCACGCUCCCUAUCUGAUGUUCCCUCCUCCGCCCUUUGGAUUACCGAUCGCGUCGCUGGCAGACUCGGCCUCUGCAGCGGCCGCCGUGGUUGCGGCUGCCAAGAGCAAUAGCAAGAACUCCAGCAUCGCUGACCUGCGACUCAAGGCAGGACUUCUUGGAGGCCACUGGCUCAGCCCUUUCCAGGCACAGAUCACAGCCCCAGGACCAUACAAAAAUGUCUGGAUGUCUGUCUGAAAACCAGCGUUUUAGGAGAGAAGACUUUUUUUUAGGACAAAAAUAUAAAAAAGCAAAAAGGCAGACACACAGAGACACUAGAGGUUGCGCUUUCAUGGAAAGACACUGAAACUUUGGAAUCUCAAAAGAAAGAGACGGCCAUAUUUGCCUCCUACCACUGUGCCGCUGCCUAGUGCACGUGCUCAAUUGAAGGAUAGACCUAUUGGGGCUGGCCUCCAUUGUAACUGACAUACAUCUAUGUUGAUCACUGCCAUGCUAACCCUCCACUACAGUUCAUAUCUAAAGCUGUUACUUGCAUUUUUCUCUUUUUGUUUGUUUUGUUUUUGUUGUUCAUUCUGCUGUGGACAAAGACUGGAAACAGCAAUAACAUCAAUGGUACAAUCACCUGGUUUUUAGUGGAAUUCUCACGAUCCUUUCCGUUUUGGGAGGAAACGUUACAUUUCUGUUGUUUCCUUUCGGGCAUGUGUAUGGACUUUAGCUUUCAUUCUCAUAUUUUUGUGCUCUCUUUUUAUUACGUGAUGUGUCCUGGAAUAGAAGUGAACCUAGCUUUUGCACUUCAGGUCUUGCGUUAAGGUGUUUACAAAUCCUUAACGCCAGAUGUACUACUUUUAUGUAAGGGGGAAACAAAUUUGGCUUUUUGUUUCGUUCUGUUUCGUUCAAAAAAGAUAAACAGUAACUGCAACUUUGUAAUUUAACAUUUUAAGAAACAUCAGUUUAACUGAAAUGCAAUUAUGUGCAGUUAAGUGCAAUACUGUAAAUAUGGAAAAGCGUAAUAUAGCGGUUGAUGUUUGCUAAUUAAAAACGAUGAUUUUUAAGUUGUUGGGUUUUUGGCACUGAUGUUGAUGUGUUGAAAGUUCUUCGCCACAAACACAUCUUCUAAAGCUGUGUAAAAGAUCGUUCACUAACUCGUUUGCAAUGUGCCAUAACUCCCCGAAUAUAGUUUUGUACACGUGCAUUUAAAGAGAUAUUAAAAAUUCAUUCGACACUGUACAAAAUAUGCUCAAGGUUCAUGGGUCAUAAACAAGCCUGAUUUUUAACAUAACAAUAAAUCCACCAAAGAGGUAGAAGGUAGAAUUAUUUAAUGCUCUGAUAUCAUUUACAGUGUAACCUGCGUUUCAGCAACUACAUCCAUAGCCUCUCUUUUUUUCAUAUAAACAACACUAAAAAUAUCUGUAAAUUAACAGUUUUUUCCAUUUAUUUAUGCUUUGGAGUUGCAUUAUGAGACCUUGAUCAACUUUCCGUCAUCAACUUUUGAUGCUAAAGUUUGAAAGAGUGACAUUUAUUGACAUUUUAAGUAGUUUGAAGAUAUAUCGCCCAGUUUGGUGUUGUCAAAUAUGUCUAAAUAUGGUACAAAAUGGUACAAUAUAUUGUUUCAAGCUAUUAAAAUAUCAAUAAAAGAUACUUCGUUAAACUGCACAGUUGCGCAAUUUUUAACCUAAAAAAAGCUGACAGAGUUAAGAUAAAGAUCCCAUAAUUGUAAAUAAACACAAAAAUACAACAACCUGUGAAUCACGAAAUACAAAACCUGCUAAUUAACAGAUAUUUUUUACAAUGAAGAAGCUACACAGUAUCCGAAACAACCGAUUUAAAUACAAUAAGCUCAAGAAGGACAAAAACAGUAUUAUUUCCAUGACCGCACUAUGAAACACAUUGCCAGUUGGAAUAUCAAUUGCCUUUGAACUACAGUAGUAGAUCUUGGUCAGGUCUACCUCUAACAAUAAACGCUACAUUGUGGGAUUUUUUUUGUUUUGUUAUUGUUAUUGUUCACCAUUACAGUUGUUUAGGAAUGUUUCUGUUUCUUUAAUUGAAGUCAUAGGUGCUUCUUAUUUAUUAUUUUAUUGGAAAGUUUAUAAAUGUUAAAUAGUCGAAUUUCAAGUGUACAUAUUUACAUGGCUUUGCAUUUAUUUUUAUAUAUUUUUUAAAUGUUAACAUUUGCAACAGUUUUACGCAAACGUGUGACUGCAGUACAUUUGUUUGACUAAAAUGUAGCGUGUUUGAGUUUACAAACAUUUCAGGGAUGGUGGAUGAAACCGUAAUACUUUGUGUUUUGAUUUUCUUGAUGCUCCAAGGAAUUUGUUGUAUCCCUUCAUAUUGCAUAUGCAAGCAUGCCCAAACAUGAUUCGCCAUUGAGUUUUUUUUCUGUUGUUUCACUAAAAAAAAAAGAAAUGUACAUCUUGUACAAGUAAUCUAUCAAUAAAAGUUA